AUCAGCGCGCAUUUCCCGCCGAGCAGGCAGUUUAGUUCUACUUUCCUUUCCAUUGACUCGUGAUCAUCGCGAUCAUGCACCUCAAUGGGAAUAAAAAUCAGACAUGGGCGUGUGCCCUGUGUUUUCUUUUGGCACUGAUCUGCGCGCAAGGACGCGUUGGUCUGGGACCUGGAGUGCAGGAAUGGGACUAUGUGAAAGUGCGGGAGGGCGCUCACCUCUUCUACUGGCUUCUAUACACCACGGCCAAUGUGACCGACUUCACUGAGAGGCCGCUGGUAAUCUGGCUGCAAGGGGGGCCCGGAGUGGCCUCCACCGGCAGCGGGGUCUUCGAGCAGUUAGGGCCCAUCGACAUCGAGGGCAGGAAGCGGGAAAGCAGUUGGGUGGACCACGUGAAUGUUCUUUUUGUGGACAGUCCGGUGGGCACGGGAUUCGCAUACGUGGAGCAACACGGCCUGUAUGCCAGAACCAAUAGGCAGAUAGCCCUCGAUCUCGUGCAGUUGAUGAAGCAGUUUCUCCAGAAGUAUCCCGAUUUUCGAAAGGUGCCCCUGCACAUAUUCUCCGAGAGCUAUGGCGGAAAAAUGGCUCCCGAAUUCGCGUUGGAACUGCACUUGGCAAGGAAGCGGGGCGGAUUGAAAUGCGAACUGAAGUCCGUGGUAGUGGGCAAUCCCUGGACCUCCCCACUGGACAGCAUUCUGUCCUAUGCCCCCUUUCUGCUCCAAUCGGGCAUUGUGGAUGAUGACGGCUAUCGUCGAAUAUCGCGUUUGGCCGGCGAGUUGGCAGCACUUGUUUACGGCGGAAAGUGGUUACGCGCCUUGAUGAAGGCGAGCGAGGUUCAGGAUGAGAUCUCCGCCAGUGCGGGCGGCGUCUUCAUCUACAACACCCAGCGGCGCGUUCACGUGGACGAGGUCUACCGGUACGGCGAGGACCCGCAAAUGAGCCACUUCAUGCGGUCCAACGUGACUAAGGCACUGGGACUGGCCGAUAUGCCCGUGUGGAUGGAGCAGAACUCUACAGUAUUCGAGCGACUCAGUCAGGAUAUUUUUAAGCCUGCGAAUCAUAUUGUGGCCAAGCUGCUCGAGGAGACGCCCAUACAGGUGGGCAUUUACUCGGGCAUUCUGGACCUACUCUGUGCAACGCCCGGCACCGUUAGCUGGAUCCGCCAACUGAAGUGGCGCCUCCGCUCGGAGUAUGCCAAGGCGAACCGAACCGCCAUUCGGAUCGACGGGAUGCUGGAGGGGUACGAAAAGCACGGCGGACGACUUAGUAUGUUCUGGGUCUUUCGGGCGGGACAUCUGGUGCAGCAGGAGAACCCGACGGCAAUGGCGUACAUCCUAAGAUACUUCACCAGCUAUGGGUAGACUACAAGUUCCUUGGAAUAAAGUUACAGAGCUUUUGCAA